UGAAAACCGGGCGGUGUCGGCGCCAACCGCUUUCCGGGCAGCGCGGGAAGCUCGGUUUGUGGUGGUUUCCUUUUGACCGCUGUCCCAUACUAUCCUUAGAGGCUUUAUUUCCCUGAGACGUUACAAUUUCAGGCCAUUCGAGGCAUUUGAGGCUAUUUAAGGCGAAAUGGCUUCGGGCGAGAGAGGAGAAGGCGGUGGUAAUGGAGGUGCUGCUGCCACCUCAGGCUGCCGGUAGGGAGGGAGUCUGAGGAACCUCUUAGUCGUUGGAGCCUGAGCUUUUUUCCUUUGGCGGGUCCCUGCCUGCUGCUAAGAUGAGCUCUGCCUGCGUCACUUCUUUCGAGAAGGAGCAUCUCUGGAUGUAUCUGCGGGCGCUCGGCUUCGACCCGGGCCCGGCGACCAUAGCCUGCGGAAAGAUCGUGUCUCACACGCACCUCGGAGUGAACAUGUUUGAUAGGCUGAACCGUGAUGCCUUUCAAAUAGUUUGUUAUUUUUUGUUUCAAACACUGGACCAGUCUCUCACCAAAGAAAUUUUCAAACAUUGUUGGCCUCCAUUUGACAAAAAAAGUGAUACUGAAUUCCGAAAACAUUGCUGUGAAUGGUUAAAAAAGAUUUCUGCUGAAUGUGGAAGUAGCUUUCCUCAAGUUGUUGGAUCAUUGUUUCUUUCUCCUGGUGGUCCUAAGUUUAUUCAUCUGAUGUAUCACUUUGCAAGAUUUGUUGCAAUAAAAUAUAUAGAAACUCAUUCUAAAAAUUCUUCUGUACAUUUUAUGGAGGCAUUUAAUGUAAAGCCACAAGAUUUGCACAGGUGCAUUGCCAGGUGCCAUGUAGCACGUAACAGAUUUUUACAGAUUUUGCAAAGAGAAGAUUGUGUUACUCGAAAAUAUCAGGAAAAUGCACAAUUGUCAGUUAAACAAGUACGAGAUUUAAGAUCAGAAUGUAUAGGACAGCAAAACCAAAUAAAAAAAAUGGAACCCUAUGAUGACCAAACUAAUAUACAAGAGAAAAUUCAAAAGGUUCAGUCUUUGUGGGCUUCAGUGAAUGAAACACUCAUGUUUUUGGAAGAAGAGAGAGAAGUUGUUAGUUCAGUCCUUAGUCUUGUUAACCAGUAUACUUUAGAUGGAACUAAUGUUGCUAUCAAUAUUCCAAGGCUCUUACUUGAGAAAAUUGAGAAACAAAUGUGUCAGUUGCACAUAGGAAAUGUUUAUGAGGCUGGAAAGUUGAACCUUUUAACAGUUAUUCAGUUAUUAAAUGAAGUCUUGAAAGUAAUGAAAUAUGAACAUUGUCAGGCUGACCAAGCAAGACUGACAAUAGACCUUCACUUCCUUGAAAAAGAGACCAAAUUUCAGAGAGAAAGAUUGUCAGAUCUGAAGCAUAUGAGGUAUAAAAUAAAGGAAGAUCUCACAACUAUAAGACAUUCUAUUGUUGAACAAGAAGGAGAAUGGCAUAAAAAGUGGAAAAAAUUUCUUGGUUUAUCUCCUUUCAGUCUAAUUAAAGGUUGGACUCCAGCUGUGGAUCUUUUACCACCUAUGUCUCCCCUUUCGUUUGAUCCUGCCUCAGAAGAAGUAUAUGCUAAGAGUAUUCUUUUGCAGUAUCCUGCUUCACUUCCAGAUACACCUAAGCAAUAUAAGCAGGAAAAUGAUUGCAGAAGAGCAAGUGAUGUACUGGGAACUAAGUGUGAUCUAGCCAAGAGCCCCACUUCUUUCCUGUUGCAGGCCAUUUCAUCAUCACAUAGGAACAGUGUCACAUUACUUGAAAAGGACAUGAAAGAGAGAACUCCUAGAGAGAAAAAUGAAAUAAUUUCUAAGAAAACAGAAUUUGAAAUGAAAGAAUCUUCAUCAUUAAGUAUUGCAAAGAAUACAAAUAGUAGUGCAUUUGGAGGAUCUCUGCCAGCUGAAAAAAGUGAUCCAUUCCAAAAAGAGCAAGAUCAUCUGGUAGAAGAGGUUGCAAGGGCAGUUUUAUCUGAUUCACCACAGCCCUCUAAAGGAGAAGUGAAAUUAGAGGAACUAAUUGACUCUCUAGUUUCUAAUCCGUUCUUAACAAGGAACCAAAUUCCCCGAACUCCAGAAAACUUGAUAAGUGAAAUUAGAAGCUCAUGGAGAAAAGCUGUUGAAGUAGAAGAUACCAAAAGUACAGAACCAAUUCAAAUGGAUACUGAACAUAGAGAAGUACUGCCAGAAUCCUUUCCUGAGGUGCAUAAUCAAGGAGAAUUUAGCAUGGCCAGUUAUUUCUCAACAACCACCAUGUCCAAUUCUAGCCAUUCUCAUUUUCCUGAAGAGAAAGUUAUUUCAGAUCGUCUUAAGUGUGUGCCUCAAAAACCUGUGGUGUCUAGUCACAGAGGUGAACCAACAACACAAAAUAUAUCAGAUUUGUUAAAUAAGGAAAUAAUUUGUAAGCAAGAUUUGGAGCGUACAGCUUUACAGAACAAGCUUUUAGAAACUAGCCAAAUAGACACGUUCUCCCCCAUUGUAGGCAAUAAGAGAGAUGUGAUAGAUGACAGUGAAAAGGAGUGUAUUAAGAUAUCAGACCACUCGAAAGCUUCUUACAAAGAUCUUUCAAUGCAUAAAAGUAUGUUAUGGAACUCUUUCCAAAUAUCCAGUGGAAUUAGUUCCAAUUUUAAAGUUAGUGAUUUUGGCAUAUUACAUGAAACUCUUCCAGAAGAUGAUGGUCGCUUAAGUCUUAAUAGCUCCAGUAGUACAGAGGCCAGUUUUAAACUGGAACCAAAUAGUCCUAUGCACAGUGGCAUUUUCCCAGAAGAUGUGGGAGAAAGACAAACUACUCCAGAAUUAAACUUCAAUUUACAGGCUAUUUGCAGUGGACAUGAGGCUCUGAAAAAGACUCUGUCCGAGCAAAGGGAAGAAAUUUACCUCUCUAAUCCUGAAACACUUGGAAGACAUGAACUAGAAUUGAGCCUCUCUCCCCAAAACAUGCAAGCAGAUGAUAUGCUUAACUUUUUGGGCACUCAUGAUUUGCACACAGACUACACAAAACCAUCGUUACCCAUGUCCUCUGGUGAAAGAAAACGGUCUCUUUCACCACUAAUUAAGUUUUCUCCAGUGGAACAAAGAUUGAGGACCACAAUAUCAUGUAGUCUUGGAGAACUUCUACCUAAUUUAACAGAAGAAGAAGUCUUGAAUAAGAGCCUUAAUGCAAGAGAAUCUCCAUUUGACUUGAAAAGAUGAAGCAGUAGCCAGUCAGCUCAACUAUGAUGCGUUGAAAUUGAAGCAGUGUCACAAGAUAAACUGAUUUGUAAAUUUAAAUAACACAUUGGAAGAAUAAUUUUUCAAGGUCUAAAAAAGUCUUAAAUAAUG